AUGUUCUCCCUUCACUGCCCCAACGCCGGCUUCCGUCACCCGGUUUUCGAUACCAUUACCAAUCCGGACCACUUCGACCACCCUGGUCCUAAGGACUUUGCCCAACGCGCUUUCAACCCUCGCUUUGAUAUCCACGAGACUGAUGAUGCCUACCAUCUUGAUGGUGAACUGCCUGGUCUCACCCAGAAGGACAUUGAUAUCGAACUCUCCGAUCCCUUGACUCUCGUCAUUAAGGGUCGUACUGAGCGCGAGUAUCACCGCACCGAGCCUGAGAAUGCAACCGACAAGGCCGAUAAUGACAACACCAAUGUCAAGAAGGACGCUCACCGUUACUGGGCUAGCGAGCGCACUGUUGGCGAGUUCCGACGUACUUUCUCAUUCCCCUCGCACGUGAAGCAGGAUGCCGUCAAGGCCAGCCUGAAGAACGGUGUUCUUUCCAUUCACGUUCCCAAGGCUAUCGCCACCGUCCCCAAGAAGAUCACUAUCCAGUAG